UACAGGCAGGCAACAGGUGGACGGACAAGCCCUGCGCAAUUGAUGGAAUGUGGGGUUAUUAGCACAAAUCCUGUAAAAUUGCAACAAAUUACAGAGAGAGAGAAAGGUUUUCUACUACCAACUUCUAUUACGACCUUGGACUCCUUCAUCCUUACAAUGCCUAAGAGUGACACAUGGCCGGGUGGUGUCGCCAUAGAGACAAUGACUGGCAUGGACAGUGCAGGCAGCUGUGACAGUGUUGUCAGCAUGAACUCUGGAUUUAGUGACGAUAGCUUUGAGCACCUGUCUGCUGAGGAGAGGGCAUGUAUCAUGUUCUUGGAAGAGACCAUAGAGUCCCUAGAGACUGAGGAGGACAGUGGACUAUCCAAUGAUGAGCCUGACCGCCUGCCCACCCCUGGCAAUGUGGCCACCAAGAUGGCCCACCUCUCUGCCUCCAUGGGCCAAAACAAACUCAACAAUGUGUCAAAAUAUCCCAGAGAGCAGAACGGUUACCUGGUUCCUACUCCAUUCAUCCUGGCCAACAGCACCUCCUGCAUCCUGCCAAAGGCUAGGCCAGGCAUACCCCAAGAUAAGGAGAACUCUCUCUCAAAGCCCCAGGUCACUGCCUUGGACAACAUGCUAUGUCAGGGCAACCACCCUUGUUUACCCCCUGAGGUCAAUGUUGUUGUGAUUCCCCCUCCAUCAAAGCUCAAAGACUACCCUGGUCAGAGACCACCUCCUUCACCCAGAGGCCCUCUGUCCUAUGAAGCGCUAGUGCAGCUGAGGAAGAGUGCCUCCAUGAAGAGAACUCCUCAAAGUCCCACAGCUGAGACCAGAGACUGGAACAGGCAGCCCUCUGCGUCAGACAUUCCCAUUCACCCGCAUCAUGGAAGCACACCCAGAGGCUGCUCAGUCACCCCAGCCCAGGUGAUACUCCCCCGGGAGCCCAGCAAUCACAAGGCCAGUCCUCCAGUUGUGUUCCCAAAACCCCCCAAAAUUCCUUCCCACAUUGCUGUGAAUACCCAAAGGGAUACUGCUAACCCCACUACGGACUCCAGUGCCCCUUCCUUGGGCUCAUUGCCCAGGGACAGGCGUUUGUCGGACCCACAGAAGGUGAGAAAUGAUGCCUUACAAAAGCUGGGGCUCCUGAGAGACAAUAAUGAGUCCCAACCUGAGCCUGUUACGCCACUGUGCACCUCCAAAUCUCACUCCUCCUUGGAACUAACUUCAGCCCGUGUGGGAGUCAAAGCUCCACCUCAUGGUAACCCAACAAGAAGCCAGCCCUCAACUACCUCCCAGGGACCCAGAGAAUCUAAUAGCAGGCCAGUAAAAAGUAGCAGCAGCUUCCUCCAUCGCUCUAGUGAGGAGCAGCCCACCGCCCCCCUCUCACACCCGUCCAAACCCAGUGGGGUCAAAGCUGCCACCCUGGAGCGCUCAGGGGUGGGGCUUGGGAGCUACAUGGCCGACCAUGGGAUACAUCCCGAUCCCCGCUCCGCCACCCUGGGCAACCAGAGGGAGGGUGGACGUUGCACCCCAUCUGCUCUCAACAAAGCCUCAGAACAGGUGAAAACAACCCCCGCUGCUCAGCCAGUGUCCCCCCACAAGACUCUGCACUGCCCAGGCUUCAGUGUGGUGAUGAUGCCCAGCAUGGGAGAAGACAGACGAGAGGCACUUAGGAAGCUGGGGCUGCUGAAAGACUAGGCCCGGAGAGAAGGCAGCCAAAAUAUCUGCCCAGUGGAUAAACAGAUAUACAGAGGGUAUCAAAUGAAACAGACUUCCACCACUUUAGGGAGGGAAGCAGAAAAAAGUGGGGAUUGAACCGAUUUCUGUGAAUAUUUUGAGCAUUGUCAAUGCUGGUUUUUCAGGAAAGACUGGCCUCUUUCUUCCAUUUCUCUCUUUAAGAGAGUACUGCUGUUUAAUUUACUCAGUAGUGCUGGGCAAUUAUCUGUAAUUUCAUUUAAAUUAUUUGAAUUCCAUUUUGUUCCGUUUUAUUCUUCUUCUGUCAGCUCAAUAUAAACAUUGCACAGUUUCUCUAGCGAUAAAGCAGAUCAAGCCUGAAUUGUGUGAAGCCUGAACUGAACUGUGUUGGGAGUUGUAGUUUCCAACAGGCCAAUAUUAUACAUAGUUAAGUGCAGAAAACAUGGUAAUUAACUACAAUGAUGAUAAUCCAUUGCGCCUACUUGUCCGUCUGUGUGUUUCUUUUACGCCUGUUACGUUGCGUUAGUGUGUGGCAGACACAGAGGUCAAGAGAAGAGACUCGAGAAGAAUGCUCGAUCAGAAGGGAUAGAGAGUAGUUGCUUCACGAGUUACAUCUACCUAGAAAUAUUUGAUCUAAGUAUGCCUUAUUUACUUUGAAGAACUACUAAAAUAGUGAUUAAGUCAGACAGCAUAGGCAGCAGCUCUAUAUGAACCGAACCGACCUCAAAAAGCACUAAUUUACUGUUACCACAAUUUAAUUUUCAUGUCAGUUGUUUAACAACUUUAUAUUUUUACAUUGUUUUUCUAUGAUUUUGUUGUCACUGAAUCAGUCACUGAACACUCUUUUAAAGAAAAUCUGAGAAAUGUCUAUCAUAAUUAUUUACCCCCUUACAUUUAGUUGCUUUACAAAGUGGGAUUUAAAGGGAUUUAUUGUGAUUUUUUUGUCAUUGAUCUACAGAAAAUACUCUAUAACAUCAAAGUGAAAAUAAAUUUCUACAAAUGUUUACAAAUAAACAAAAAUACAUAACUAAAA